AGGAGUGGGAAGAAAUAUAGUUUUCAGGGAAGGACUCGGUGAGUAUGAAUUCUCAGGUAAGGACAUUCCGGCAUCUUAUAUAUACCCUCUUUUUUUUCCUAAACAUUCUGCCAUACACCCCACCCCAUACAUAUUCUUCUGUUUCUUUUUUUUUUAAUUUAAUAUGACUAUCAUCGUUGAAGAAACCCAAUUCGAAAAUGGAAGUCAGGAGCAGAUCCUCAAGAGCAGGGCAGAAACAGAACUGGUGUUGGAUGGUGGAUUUUGCAUCCCCCACACCAAUUCUUAUGGCCACAAUUUUAGGGAUUAUGAUGUGGAGAGUGAAAGAAAACAAGGAGUUGAGAACUUUUACCGUGUUAAUCACAUCAAUCAAACAGUUGAUUUCGUUAAAAAGAUGAGAGGAGAGUAUGAAAAAUUGAACAAGAUUGAAAUGAGCAUAUGGGAUUGUUGUGAGCUCUUAAAUGAGGUGAUCGAUGAGAGCGAUCCUGAUCUAGACGAACCUCAAAUCGAGCACUUAUUGCAAACCGCUGAGGCGAUACGCAAAGACUAUCCGGACCAAGAUUGGCUUCACUUGACAGCCUUGAUCCAUGAUCUUGGUAAGGUUUUGCUACAUCCUAGCUUUGGGGAACUUCCUCAAUGGGCAGUUGUAGGUGACACAUUUCCGGUCGGGUGUGCUUUUGAUCAAUCAAUUGUUCAUAGCAAGUAUUUCGUGCAAAAUCCUGACUACAACAAUCCCGCUUACAAUGGGAAGUACGGAAUAUAUUCUGAAAAUUGUGGACUCGACAACGUUAUGAUGUCGUGGGGGCAUGACGAUUACAUGUAUUUGGUGGCAAAGGAGAAUGGGACCACUCUCCCUUCGGCCGGGCUUUUCAUCAUUAGAUAUCAUUCCUUUUAUGCAUUGCACAGGUCAGAAGCGUAUAAGCACUUGAUGAGUGAGGAAGACGUCGAGAAUCUAAAGUGGCUUCAAAUAUUCAACAAGUAUGAUUUGUACAGCAAGAGCAAGGUUCGGGUCGACGUUGAGAAAGUAAAGCCGUACUACGAGUCUCUAAUCGACAAGUAUUUCCCUGCAAAGUUAAGGUGGUGAAGAAGAAGUUAGUUUCCUAAUGGUUAUGAAUAGGAAUAAGUGAUUGCUCAUGUAAGAGAGUUGAUUAGAAUACAAUGCAAUAGUUUCCUUCUAUGUAAAUGCAGUGUGUAUUCAGUUUGAACUACAUGAAUGUCUUUUAUCUUUCUUUUUCAAGAAAAAA